CACUGGGGCAUUCCAGCACUGCUUCGAUGUGCGGAAUAACCGCUUCCAAAAUUCAAAUCCACUGCCGCCGAAGCAAAAGCGGAACUCUCUGAGAUGCUGUAACUAGCUAGCUACAAUGUUUCCAACCAACUUGUCGUGACUUUCUCAUCCUUUGUAAGUAAAAAACUAGCUAGCUAGUCAACUAGUCAUAAAACGGAAGAACGGAUACUGUUCAUUGUUGUUCAUCAGGAACGUCAUUAGCAUGCUAACGCUUUAGUUAGCUGACUGGCCAACAGCUGAGUUAGCUAACUAAGUAUCUAAAGUUAGCUACUAUAGUUUUUUUGCAAGAUAAAGCUAUCUAUAUUAUUGGAUUUGGCAAGACCGAUACAGCUAGCACUAGGUUGAUGGUUAACGCUUGUUUGCGUGGUCAGCAAACGGCUGUUUAAAAUCUUUGUUUACAGAGCUAAAGUUAGCUAGCUACUUUGUUAGCCAAGGCAUACAUGCAAGCUAGCUAGCUAGUUGUAAACAACCCCGUUUUCCCCAGUGCAUGGCCUGUUGCGCAUUAAUGAUGCCCGAAGAAGUUGAAAACAUAUCGGCUUGUUCCGAUCCAUUGACUGGAAAUAAUCCUAAUUCUUUCUUACAUUCUACUUUGGAACAGUUCUUUACUGCAAAAACACUUACACUUAAAAUGGACAAAACUGAUGCUGUAGCUGUCAUUGGACUUCAGAGAUAUUUGACAGAACAACAAAAUGUUAGACAACAACAACAACCUCCUGACAGCUACAGCUAUGACAUGACAGUGACUGAUGGAGUCUGGCAGGCCAAGUGCAUUCUUGACCGUAGUUUAAAUAAUCUGAUCCACAAAAACAUUAUUCGCAGUGGAAUUGAUAUCAACAUCACCCAGUGCUCGUUUGUUUACAAUGAGAGAAGAUUGGGUCAGGGUUGUGUUUGCAUCGAGAAGAUUGAACAUGGUUCAAAGGAGUCUAAUGUGUUGCGCAAGAUUAAGGACUUGGAUUCCCUCCCCAUGCUUUCAAAGGAUGGCUUUGGAAACAUUGUGGCAUUGCAAAGUGAUUCACCCCUGCAGGUGGGCCGUAAGCAUUACCUGUCUCUUUGGAAUAACGAGGAUCCUGAAGGCAGAGUAUGGGUUCCAGAUGUCCCCCCAUCAGACGUGGUGCUGGAUGGUAAGAUGAGAAUUUCAGUUGCUGACUUUUGUGAGAAACUACAACCUCCCACAGAAAUUGUGAUAAGAUGUUAUGUCUUCAACAGUGUCAAAGAUGACCCUCCUGUGUGAUCUAGAGUCGUCUCUCGGAUGCAUGUUUCGACCUCUACCCCUGAUAGUGAGGGUGAUUCAUAAAUCCAGACUGCGGUAUUAUGGAAAACCUGGACUCAAGAUUGAUUACCCAUACCAGGUGAGGCAUAAACAUACAGUGCCUUCGGAAAGUAUUCAGACCCCUUGACUUUUUCCACAUUUUGUAAUGUUACAGCCUUAUUCUAAAAUUGAUUAAAAUGUGUUUUCCCCAUCAAUCUACACACAAUACCCCAUAAUGACAAACAAAAACAGGAUUUUUUAAUUUUUUUACAUUUUAGUCAUUUAGCAGACGCUCUUAUCCAGAGCGACUUGCAGUUAGUGAAUACAUUUAUUUUAUUUUAUACUGGCCCCCCGUGGGAAUCGAACCCACAACCCUGGCGUUGCAAACGCCAUGCUCUAUCAACUGAGCUACAUCCCUGCCGGCCAUUCCCUCCCCUACCCUGGACGACGCUGGGCCAAUUGUGCGCCGCCCAUGAGUCUCCCGGUCGCGGCCGGCUGCAACAGAGCCUGGAUUCGAACCAGGAUCUCUAGUGGCACAGUUAGCACUGCGAUGCAGUGCCUUAGACCACUGCGCCGCUCAUAUAUAUAUAUAUAUGAAAAACGUAUGCACUCACUAACUGUAAGUCGCUCCAGAUCUGUGCCUCGACACAAUCCUGUCUCGGAGCUCUACGGACAAUUCCUUCGACCUCAUGGCUUGGUUUUUGCUCUGACAUGCACUGUCAACUGUGGGACCUUAUAUAGACAGGUGUGUGCCUUUCCAAAUCAUGUCCAAUCAAUUGAAUUUACCACAGGUGGACUCCAAUCAAGUUGUAGAAACAUCUCAAGGAUGAUCAAUCGAAACAGGAUGCACCUGAACUCAAUUUCGAGUCUCAUAGCAAAGGGUCUGAAUACUUAUGUAAAUAAGGUAUUUCUGUUUUUUAUUUUGUAUACAUCUGGCCCUUCAUUGGACACUGUGUUAACAAACCUCCAAACGAGCUUCAAUGCCAUACAACACUCCUUCAGUAGCCUCCAACUGCUCUUAAACACUAGUAAAACUAAAUGCAUGCUCUUCAAUCGAACGCUGCUAGAAUCACUACUCUCGACGGGUCUGACCUAGAGUAUGUGGACAACUACAAAUACCUAGGUGUCUGGUUAGACUGUAAACUCUCCUUCCAGACUCACAUUAAGAAUCUCCAAUCCAAAGUUAAAUCUAGAAUCGGCUUCCUAUUUCGCAACAAAGCCUCCUUCACUCAUGCUGCCAAACAUGCCCUCGUAAAACGGACUAUCCUACCGAUCCUUGAUUUUGGCGAUGUCAUUUACAAAAUAGCCUCCAACACUCUACUCAGCAAAUUGGAUGUAGUCUAUCACAGUGCCAUCCGUUUUGUCUCCAAAGCCCCAUACACUACCCACCACUGUGACCUGUACGCUCUUGUUGGCUGGUCCUCACUACAUGUUCGUCGUCAAACCCACUGGCUCCAGGCCAUCUAUAAAUCACUGCUGGGUAAAUCCCCGCCUUAUCUUAGCUCAUUGGUCACCAUAGCAGCACCCACCCGUAGUCUGCGCUCCAGCAGGUAUAUCUCACUGGUCAUCCCCAAAGCCAACACCUCCUUUGGCCGCCAUUCCUUCCAGUUCUCUGCUGCCAAUGACUGGAAAUAAUUGCAAAAAUCUCUGAAGCUGGAGACUCUUAUCUCCCUCACUAACUUUAAGCAUCAGUUGUCAGAGCACCUUACCGAUCACUGCACCUGUACACAGCCCAUCUGAAAUUAGCCCACCCAACUACCUCAUCCCUAUAUUGUUAUUUAUUUUGCUCUUUUGCACCCCAGUAUCUCUCUUUGCACAUAAUCUCUUGCACAUCUAGCAUUCCAGUGUUAAUUAUAAUUAUAAUUAUUUAGCACUAUAGCCUAUUACCUCCAUAACUUGCUACAUUUGCACACUCUGUUGUAUUUUUUUGACUUUGUUUUUUUACCCCAUAUGCAACUCUGUGUUGUUUUUAAUCGCACUGCUUUGCUUUAUCUUGGCCAGGUCGCAGUUGUAAAUGAGAACUUGUUCUCAACUGGCUUACCUGGUUAAAUAAAGGUGAAGAAAAAAAACAAAAAAACAAUUGUAAUAGAUUUGCAAACACUUCUAAAAACCUGUUUUCGCUUUGUCAUUAUGGGGUAUUGUGUGUAGACUGCUGAGGAUAUGUAUUUAAUUAAUCAAUUUUAGAAUAAGGCUGUAACGUAACAAAAUGUGGAAAAGGUCAAGGGGUCUGAAUACUUACCAAAGGCACUGUAUAAUCAUGUAUCUAUACCAUACCAUUGACCAAUACACCAUCUCUUCUCUACUCAACCCUGACACUAUAAUUAACAUCUCUUCGAAUGUUGUCAGUAUUCUGUAUGAAGUGUCUCAUCAGGAUUUACCCUCUCUUUAUGUUUAUUUCUCUAUUCUCCAGGCCUACUUUGAGGUUGCAGACCAGAGUGGCACCAUGUCCCUUGUCCUGUGGAAUGAGCUGUGUCCAGAAUGGUACCAGAGACUGAAUGUUGGAACUGUGCUCUAUCUCCAAAACUACACCCUCAAGCAGAGCUAUCAAAACAGGUCACGACCUCACAUAGACAACCACAGAAUGAAGAGCUUUCACUCAGUAGGUACUGAACUCAACCUAGUCAUUCACAACUUAGUAAAUCAACAUUACCAGUAUGUUGCCAUGCAGACACUCCUGAUUAGUCAUUUUGAGUGAACAUUCUGUCUGAUUCUGAGUACUUUGCGAAACUGUUCAUUUUAAUAUGAAUUUUUACUUCGCCUGUCUUACAGAAAUGUGUCUGAAUCCACGGAAUCCCACUGCAGUCCUUACUGUGGUUCCAGCCAAGAGUGUGCCGCCUCAAUGGGGCUUGCCCGAGGUUUCCUACCAGUUCGCCAUUAGGUCAAUUCACAACCACAUUAUGCAGUUGAAAUGAGAUUUUAUGUAAAAACAAAGGCCUUUCCCUGGGUAACAUUUCCAACAUUACUAAGCAGUCUUUAUUAUCUGCCUGAACUACUUAUUCCUAGCUUAUAAAUGUUUUUCUUCUAGAUCAGAACUGGAGAGCUUGGCCAGCAAUUCUGCAUGUGAUGUCAUUGGCUUGGUAACUUUUGUGAGUCGGGUGGAGAGAAUCAAGAAUAAGGGGAACACAGGUAAGAGUUGCUCAUUACACUUGAACUAGUCACUUAUUUCUCACUAUUAGGUCAUUCCAUGUGAAAAUGUAACACAAAUGCCCAUAAUUUCUUCCCUCUUUUGCAGGCCCAGAAAAAUACUGGACAUACCGCUGGGUCCAUGCAGUGGAUGGAACAUCCAAUAUUCCUUUCAUUUUGGAGAUCUUUGCUUCUUCACAACCAGAAAUAUUCAAUGGGAUAUACCCAAGUAAAUAUGACUAUUAAAUUUAGUAUAAUACCAACAAUUCCAUAGGUAAACUGAACAGAACUCCCCUAAUUGUACUUAUUUUCCCCCUGCUCUGCACUCUCCCAUUGCAGUGACAUACCUGGUCUGCACUCAGAUGAGGAAGUGUCAAGAGCAAGACUCACUCCCUUACCUCACCAGCAGCUGUGAGACACAGAUAUUCACAACAGGUAAGUGCUGCUGUCAUUUGCAAAGAAACAAAAGAUCAAAUCAAAGGUUAUUUGUCACAUGCACAAAAUACAGCGGGUGUGACGACAGUACAGUGAAAUGCUUACUUGCAGAUCUUCCUCAUCAGUACAGAAUACAUGUAGAUUAAUAAAAGUAAUACAAUAUAUAAUAAAAACUAAUUUCCCCUUAUACAAAAAAUGCGAUACAGUGUGAAACAGAAGUUCAACAGUAAAACUGCUCUAUUUAAAAAGGAAUAAAUGGAGAAACACACUGCAACUUUGUGAAGAUCUAGUAUGUAGUUGUUAUACUUUAUCAGAUGUAGUUUUCCCUCAGGGUAUCACAAGGGCCAGCCCUACGUGUCGGACCCCAGGGUGAAGAGCUUCAUCCAAUGGACCAAGACUCUGAAGGACAGCGUCAUGCUGAAGAAGACUGUUGUUGGUGGCCAUUAUUGCUUCCCUCAUGCCCCUCUGAUUUUCACACAGUCAGUGGCAGAUGGCUCAGGUAAAAGAGGUGAACCUUUUUCAAGAAGGAAAGAUCUACAUCUGUCUGUAAUAUGCACCACCUUUUUUUGUAUGCUUGUUUUUAACUACAGCAGACAUCACCAUUUAAAUCAUUUUCAUAAUUACAGUGCAUUUGGAAAGUAUUCAGACCCCUUGACUUUUUCCAUAUUUUGUUAGGUUACAGCCUUAUUCUAAAAUUGAUUACUGUUUUUUCCUUCAUCAAUCUACACACAAUACCACAUAGUGACAAAGCAACAACAGGUUUUAGAAAUGUUUGCACAUUUAUAAAAAAUAAAAUGCCACAUUUAUGUAAGUAUUCAGACCCUUUACUCAGUACUUUGUUGAAGGGCCUUUGGCAACGAUUACAGCCUCGAGUCGUCUUAGGUAUGACGCUACAAGCUUGGCACACCUGUAUUUGGGGAGUUUCUCCCAUUCUUCUCUGCAGAUCCUCUCAAGCUCUGUCAGGUUGGAUGGAGAGCGUUGCUGCACAGCCAUUUUCAGGUCUCUAGAGAUGUUAGAUUGGGUUCAAGUCCAAGCUCUGGCCGGGCCACUCAAUGACAUUCAGAGACUUGUCCCGAAGCCACUCCUGCGUUGUCUUGGCUGUGUGCUUAGGGUCGUUGUCCUGUUGGAAGGUGAACCUUCGCCCCAGUCUGAGGUCCUGAGUGCUCUGGAGCAGGUUUUCAUCAAGGAUCUCUCUGUACUUUGCUAUGUUCAUCUUUCCCUCGAUCCUGACUAGUCUCCAAGUCCCUAACGCUGAAAAUCAUCCCCACAGCAUGAUGCUGCCACCACCAUGCUUCACCGUAGGGAUGGUGCCAGGUUUCCUCCAGAAGUGAUGCUUGGCAUUCAGGCCAAAGAGUUCAAUCUUGGUUUCAUCAGACCAGAGAAUCUUGUUUCUCAUGGUCUGAGAGUCCUUUAGGUGACUUUUGGCAAACUCCAAGCAGGCUGUCAUGUGCCUUUUACUGAGGAGUGGCUUCCGUCUGGCCACUUUACCAUUAAGGCCUGAUUGGUGGAGUUCUGCAGAGAUGGUUGUCCUUCUGGAAGGUUCUCCCAUCUCCACAGAGGAACUCUGGAGCUCUGUCAGAGUGACCAUCAGAUUCUUGGUCACCUCCCUGACCAAGGCCCUUCUCCCCCGAUUGCUCAGUUUGGCCAGGCAGCCAGCUCUAGGAAGAGUCUUGGUGGUUCCAAACUUCUUCCAUUUAAGAAUGAUGGAGGCCCCUGUGUUGGGGACCUUCAAUGCUGCAUACAUUUUUGGGUUCUAUUCCCCAGAUCUGUGCCUCAACACAAUUCUGUCUCAGAGCUCUACGGACAAUUCCUUCGACCUCAUGGCUUGGUUUUUGCUCUGACAUGCACUGUCAACUGUGGGACCUUAUAUAGACAGGUGUGUGCCUUUCCAAAUUAGGUCCAAUCAAUUGAAUUUACCACAGGUAAACAUCUGAAGGAUGAUCAAUGGAAACAGGAUGCACCUGAGCUCAAUUUCGAGUCUCAUAGCAAAGGGUCUUAAUACUUAUGUAAAUAAGGUAUUUCUGUUUUUUAUUUGUAAUAAAUUUGCAAACAAUUCUAAACUUUUUUUCGCUUUGUCAUUAUGGGGUAUUGUGUGUAGAUUGAGGAAAUGUUUUUAUUUAAUCCAUUUUAGAAUAAGGAUGAAACAUAGCUAAAUGUGCAAAAAGUCAAGGCGUCUGAAUACUUUCCGAAUGCACUGUAUUUCCCAUCUCAGCUCAAGUUCCUCUAGUUGCUGCAAAUGAACUGAAGAGUGAGAUGGAGGGUCUGCAUUAUCGUGAGCACAAGCGGCUGGCAAUCCAAGGACAGAUCAUGGCUGUGCAGUAUGUGACAUGGCCAGAGGAGACUCUGUCAGACCAGGUAGGUUUCAUAGAUGUAUAACACACUUCAUGUGAAUUCAACACACUUAUAGUAUUUUUCUAAAGUAGAUGUGUUGGUUUUUUUACAUGAAAAAGAAACAGGACGCAUUACAAGACAAAAAAACAAGAACAGUUGCCUGUACAGAACUUUAUAGGUAUUGAUAUUGUCAUUGGUAAGGAAAGUUUAGAAUGUAAUGCCUGGUUCUCUCCAGCAGACGGUUCAGUCUGUUGUGACUGUACCUGACCCACCCAGUGAUCAGAGGACUGUAGAAGUGACUGAGACUCCGAUAAACAGGGAAACAUCGUCCUCUAGUGUGCAGAGCUCACCCAGCAGAAGGAAAAGAAAACAACCAAAGAAGAGGUGAAUAAUCCCCAAAUGGGGCGGAGAAAAAUUGUGCCGUUUUAAAGCUAAUUUCCUGCAAUUCUACACAUUAUGACAUGUUUUAUGUGUGUUAAAUUAUUAUAAUAAUCUUGUCGGGACCCGCGGUCUGUAUUGACCUCGUUAUGGGUCUGGAUCCGGACCACGGUCCACUUGUUUAGUAUGGCUGCCCUAAAACAAGGGUAAGCUAUUAAACAUUCAAAAUUGUACCGGUAACUCCCCUUUUCCUAUGGCAUUUGAAAUUGGAUUAGCAUAUUUUCACUUUAAUGUUUUAGAAUCAUUUUCUGUUGUCUUUUAGAGUGAUGAAGCGAUGCUAUAUUACUCGUGCCAGGAUGCAAGAGAAAAGGUAAUGAAUCAACUUCUAUGCUCCAUCAUACCAGGUCACUGUAAUAAUUUCUCUAUGCCCAUCAGGGACCCACCCAGUAACUCAGGUUAUAAUGAGAGCUUUGUCUGUUCACAGAGAGGCUGGCCAUGGCUUAACAGAAGAAGAGCUAGGUGAACAGGAAGAGGAGAGUGAUUCUGAAUCAGAGGAAGAGGAAGUUGGUCCACUAGAAAGAAACCCAGACCAAACUAGAGCCAGUGGACAACGAGGUCCAUCAGGUAUAAGAGUGUUGUGCCACAUUAACAUACUAUCUCACCACUUAUCUAUGUGGCCUAACUUCUAUUCCUCUCUUCAUGGGUUAAGCAUGGCUAGUGUAGUGCAGGGGCUAGCCUGAGAUAUUAACUAUACUGUUUAUCUGGAAACCAUGGAAACUACUUGCCAUCGCAUCAUUAAUGUGGGAUGUUACAACAAGGUUAGUGACACUGGUAGGCCUACUGUAUUUUGUUUCUAAGAUAUUCCACAGAGUGAAGGCGCUACUGGAGAGAGAGCAGUUGCAGACUGUGAUUGGACAUCCUGGGAAAGCAGCUCAUGGCCGAAGCAGAGACAAGAAGUGUUAGAAUAUUUACAUCCUGGUGGUGUGUACUCGGAGAGCCUUUCUCAGAGAUUCAGAUUUGACGACAAGACCCUUCUGCUGCAGCAGAGUAACCUACAUGCUGCCAGGUGGACUCCAGAGCAAACCACAGACACCCUCUCACCAGUAACCUGCAAAGGAUACUAUAAGAUCACAAUAUUAGGUAAUGUAGAGCUCAUGUACAGCAUUUAUUUGUAAUUUCUUUCAUUUGAUUGGAGUUAAUCUGUGAUUUUUAUUGUUUUCAGGGGUGAAGGUAAGCCGGUCCGGUACAGACUACCGGCAAAAUAAAUAGUGCCGGUACGCGUGCUGGUAAAACAUGAGCCUAUCACAAUAAUUAAAUCAAAGAUGAAAACUGUAGGCUAUCGCACCAUAAUCUAUCGUUAGCGCCUGUCAGCCGCAUGAGAAAUGAGCAAAUGGACUUGAAAACCCGGUGGUAUAGCUCCAAAAUGCGGUGUGAUUCGAGGUGAACAGUAAAAUUUUGCGCAGGCAGAGAUGACUGGCCGGGCCAUGACGCAAGCAGACACCAGUGAGUGGACACAUCAAUCAAUUAUGCCUAAUGACAAUCGCCGAAUGUCAUACUUUUUGGGGGUGUUUUAAUAGAUUUCCAUCCAUCUCUUUCCAUUCAUCUAAUGUUGGUCGCACAGUGCACUGUUUUAGAUGCUGGAAUUAUUUUAGAGUGGACCAACGUGUGCAGAUGUGAUUUGUUUGACAUGCCUGGUUGUGUGCCCCAUUUUUUUAAAAGGUAAUACAUUUUUAUAGAUGACAUGUCUUUACUAUUAGGCCCAUAAAAAUAAUUUGUGCACAUCGGAGGUCCUGUACCGGGAAGAAAUACAAUCUUUCACCCCUGAUUGUUUUGUACAUCCUUAGUGGUUUUAUUUAUAUUUUAUUCUAUAAUUUCAGGGCCUCCCGAGUGGCGCAGCGGUCUAAGGCACUGCAUCGCAGUGCUUGAGGCGUCACUACAGCCCCGGGUUCAAUCCCAGGCUGUGUCACAGCCGGCCGUGACCGGGAGACCUAUGAGGCGGCGCACAAUUGGCCCAGCGUCGUCCGGUUAGGGGAGGGUUUGGCCGGCAGGGAUUUCCUUGUCCCAUCGCGCUCUAGUGAGCCUUCUUGUGGCGGGCCAGGCGCCUGCAAGCUGACUUCGGUCGCCAGUUGUACGGUGUUUCCUCCGACACAUUGGUGCGGCUGGCUUCAAUUGGUGCGGCUGUGUCAAGAAGCAGUGCGGCUUGGCAGGGUCUUGUUUCGGAGGACGCAUGGCUCUCGACCUUCGCUUCUCCGUAGUCCGUACGGGAGUUGCAGUGAUGGGACAAGACUAACUACCAAUUGGAUUUCACGAAAUUGGGGAGAAAAAAGGGGUAAAAAGUACCAAAAAAAACGUCUAUAAUUUCAUUGUUUUACUACUUUCAUUGUCUCUCUCUGGCAGGUAUAAACCAGCAGAUGGCCAUCGAUGCUGCCUUUGUUCCUGUGAUGUCAUCUGGGGACCCCAGGUCCUUAGGUCUACCUCAAGACCCCCAUGACAACACACUUCUUUCCUGCCUGUCUGCAGGCUUCAUCUGCCCUCUCGCAGACCCCCUGAGCCAGAGUGAGGUUGCUCUCCCUGAACCAGGUAACACACUGGGUAGAGGGGGACAGGAGGGGAGGGUAAACGCACACCCCUGAGAGCAAGUCAUGGGGCACUGCUUCUAGCUAAGGCGAAACUCCAGGCUAUUUUCAAGCAGACUACUAUUCGUGGUUCAUGACCUGCUCACAAGCAUUUUUACAAUAUCAUAUUUCCUAAGGUUGACCUCCAAGUGGGUCUUUCAACUCUAAAACGUAGAUUCCACUUAAGAAAGCAGUUAUGGCAAAUCAAAUGCGCUGUCCAUUUCUGAGGCUAGACUGAGUAUUGAUUACAUUGUACAGUACAGGGUCAAAUCAAACUUUAUAUGGUAGAUUCUGUCUACACAUAUAAUAUUAGGCAUUGAUUAAUUACAUACUGAGUAUACUCAAACAUUAGGAACGCCUUCCUAAUAUUGAGUUGCACCCCCCCCCCCCCCCCCCCCCCCUUGCCCACAGAAGAGCCUCAAUUUGUCGGGGCAUGGACUGGUGUUGAAAGUGUUCCACAGGGAUGCUGGCCCAUAUUGAAUCCAAUGCUUCCCACAGUUGUGUCAAGUUGGCUGGAUGUCCUUUGGGUGGUGGACCAUUCUUGAUACACACAAGAAACUGUUGAGCGUGAAAAACCCAGCAGCGUUGCAGUUCUUGACAGCUAGUACCUUACCCUGUUCAAAGGCACUUAAAUAUUUUGUCUUGCCCAUUCACCCUCUGAAUGGCACACUUACACAAUCCAUGUCUCAAUUGUCUCAAGGCUUAAAAAUCCUUCUUCAACCUGUCUCCUCCCGUUCAUCUACACUGAUUGAAGUGGAUUUAACAAGUGACAUCAAUAAGGGAUCAUAUUCACCUGGUCAGUUAAGGUGUUCAUAAUGUUUUGUAUACUCAGUGUAGAAUGUAGACACUGUUUUUAGGAGGUUUGCAUACAUAAUGUUUCCAACAAUUUAAAUACUCUGAAGUUAAUUUGUGUAUGCUGGUUUUUCUUAAUUUUGUUCUUUCAGAGGAGAUUUUAGCAACUGCUGAGGAGCUGAAAGACACCCAUUUUGUGUGUAUCCUUGACCUCUGUCAUCUGGGAGGAGAUAAAUUGGAGGUUAUCAUCACCAAGGUGUAUAGAAUGACUGACAUUGCUUUGGUAUAGAUAUUGGACCACAGUAUGUGUUGUCUUGUCUGAAAUUAAUGUAUUCUUUCUUGAGUUGUUCUUGUCUAUUAAUGUUCUGUGUUAUGUCAUGUUUCAUGUUUUGUG